AUGGAGGAUUUCGGCAAGACUCUCGCUUCAAUCGAACACUAUUUUAAGUUAGAGAUAGAGGAGCAGAAAAAACGUUCUGGUGGGUUGAAUGAAGGUGGGGAAGGACAUGAGGAACUCGGUAGUCCUCAUAUGAAUGAAGGAGGCAACAAUGACAUGUCGCCAUUACAUGAAUAUGUUAGUCCGCCUAUAGAACCGGCAGCAAUGGAAGCACAAGUGCCUGGUGAUGGAGCCGAACCCUUCGCAUCCAUGGUAGUCCAAGAGGCAGAAAUGGUCACUUCAGUUCCUCACAUACAAGUGCAUGAAGCAGCUGAGCAAGCAGAAUUCGAGAAGCUGCCUACCCCGGAAGAUGUGGCCGGGUGCAACGAAAUCUGCAAAAGACUGUUGUUUUUGUUAGAAGAUUGGGAAAUAACCGACAGUAUGCUGUCGGGAGGUCUGAUGAAUCCUCCAAGCAUACCCAAAGUUAGUGUGGCUGGUGAUAAAGAAGGUAGUGCGAGUGUUGAAAAACAAGAGGUGGAAGGUAAAGGGUGUAGAAAGAAGUGCCUGGUGCAGACAUUGUUGAGUCCAUUUAUUGAUCCUUUGAGGAAGAAAAGGACGACGACUGUGUCGGAUGCGGCUGCAACCCCACCAUGUUUUAAUCCAACAAAACCCUUGCCCAUUGAAGAUGUGAAGGCAGUAAUAGAGUUUUGCACUACCUGGAAAAACGAUAUUAGUGCGGAGGUGCAGCUGGAAUCAUGUUCAAUGGGCCCUGAGUUUUUCUACAAACUGAUCGAUGCUAUAGAAUGGAUUGGCUCAAGGCCUGUCAAAGGGCCUACCAAGAAACGAGGAUCAAAGAAGGUAGCUGCUUCAAACACCGUUGACCUUCCGCCCAGCAACCUGAACAAUAUACAUCACUAUGUGCACGGUACGUGGCAACACGGAUAUGGGCAAGCUUGGACAAAAGUCUGGAAGGUCUAUUUUCUAUAUAAUCUUCAAGGGUCUCACUGGGUUGCAAUCGAAAUUGACUUCGUCAGACAUACUGCAACUGCGUAUGACUCCUACAUUGCUUUUACCUCCACUUCGAAGCUGGUUAAAUAUCUGCACCCGAUUAGCGAUACGCUGCCACGGGUACUAUACGAGGUGCACUUUUAUGACACUUCUGAGGUUCAAGAGGUUAAGCAAAAGGGGAUGAAGAUGUCGACGUUUACGCCAUUCACAGUUUGCAGCAUUGGAGAUGUUCCACAACAACGGGAUGCUACCUCUUGCGGAAUCUUGACCGUCAAAUUCAUCGAGUAUCUCAGUGCUAGCAUUUCGUUGGAUAAAGUUGACCAUUUGAAGAUCAAAUAUUACUGA